AUGAGACUGGAAGAUCUUGAGGCCACUGUGGUGAGCUUGGAGGAGAAAUACAAUGCUGCGGUUGACGGACAGGUACUGAGUGAAGAUCUAGCGCUGGAGCUUGAAGCUUUGCAAUCACAAUGUCAGAUGCAUAGCGAUCGUCUCCACGAAGCAAAUGCAGCCACUUCACGCUGGAAAUCACAGUACCAAGAAGCACGAUCGGAGCUGGCGUCAAGUAGCUUGGAGAAGGAGCGGCUGAAAGGAGAGCUCCGAAAGGUGAAGAAGGCUGCGGUGCUGGCGAUGAACCGACAAUACGUCCAACUUGACGCGAAUGGAGCUUCCCAGUCGUUGCUGCGUGCUGAUCGGCACCAUGACAAUGAGAACAAGAAGAGGUCGUUUAGCAGUGACGACAUCUCCUAA